AUGCCACGGAUUGCCAUUGUGUACAUCCGUGCUAUUAAAGUUUUGUCCAAGAAAUCCACUUGUACUGCAAUUCGACGAAUUCGUGGACCACCCAAUUCCUCAUUCUUCCUAGGUCAUGAAUGGCUCCUCCGUAGCCACUGGCAUGUCGGUGAUUUGGAGAUGGAAUGGUACAAGCAAUACGGUGCUGCCUACCGCAUUGGCGGGUGUUUCGGCCAAGAUAUUUUGACCGUGGCUGACCCGAAGGCGCUGCAGUAUAUAUUCCACUCGUCUGGAUACCGUUUCCCCAAGACGAAGGAUUUCGAACGAUUUGGUGACAUGCUCUUGGGCCAGGGCUUGGCAAUUGUAGGAGGUCAAAUUCACCAAUGUCAACGGAGGAUUCUUGGUCCCGCUUUUGCGGCAUCUCGGCUUCAACUCUUUCUUAACGUUUUUCAAGCAUCAGCUACAAAGCUGAUGGAGAAGAUUGGCCACCGUGUUGGAGAUGUGAAAGUGAUUAAUAUGCUCGAGUGGACCAGCAAGGCUGCGCUCAAUAUUAUUGGGAUCACCUCUUUCAGGUAUCACUUCAAUUCCCUUGACGACAGAGAAAACGAGCUAAUGACUGCGGUCUAUAAUGUCUUCGGGGAAAGUCAACUGUGGCCAACGACUCUAGAACUUCUGUACCCUGCGCUCUGGCAUGUAUUUCCAGAUUGGUUGCUCAAGCCGCUUGAAUGGAUUCCCAAUAGAGAGGUGAAGCGGACAGGACAGUUCAGGAAAGUCGCUUCAAAAAUUGCCCGAACCAUCUUCGAAAAGCAACUGAACGAGGUGGCCAAUGACAUAAAUCCAGCCGAGAAGGACAUCGUUAACGUUCUUGCUAUCUCCCAUCUUACUGAGGAUGCGAAAAAGAGGAUGAGCGACAUUGAAGUUGACUCACAGUUGGCGACAUUUAUUGUAGCUGGUCAUGACACAACUGCGAACACGAUGGCUUGGCUUCUAUAUGAGCUGAGUCAUCAUCCUGAGGAUCAAGCGAAGAUACACAAGGAGAUCGCUCAAACCAAAGCGAAAGCUCUCGGGGUGCUUACUUCGAAUGAUUACGAUUCAAUGCCCUGGCUGAAUGCAUCGAUUAAAGAAGCUUUGCGUUUACACCCCUUGGCAUAUAGUCUUUUUCGCAUGGCCGGACAGGAUGACGUGCUUCCGCUUGCUGAGCCUGUUAUCACUUCGGACGGUAAACUAUGUUCGGAGAUUCCUGUUUCUAAGGGCCAGGUUGUUGCAGCUUCCGUGUAUACCUAUAAUCGACUUCCGUCGGUUUGGGGUAGUGAUGCCGACAAAUGGAAUCCUCCUCGAUUCUUCGAGGACCGCACUACCAAGCAAGCAUAUCUUGGGGUUUAUGCGAAUUUAUUGACGUUUAGCGGAGGUAUUCGUGGUUGCAUUGGGUGGCGAUUUGCUGUCAUGGAACUCCAAUCGGUGGUCACAGAGCUCUUGGAUAAUUUUGAGUUUAGUAUUCCAAAGGGAAUGCCCGAUUUACAGCAUGGUCCCGCCAACUUCGUUCUGACUCCUAUCAUUCCACCCAUGAAGGGCCUCAGAUUCCAUUGCUAG